CACCACUGCCCACAUUGUGAGGAGAUUUUCCCAUUUCUAUCAAAACUAAAAAUACACCUAAAAAUACACACAGGAGAGAAUCUGUAUUCUUGUACUGACUGUGGGAAGAAUUUCACAACAUUAAAGGUUCUGAUCAUUCAUCAGAGAGKGCAUGAACGGAUACACACAGGAGAGAAGCCUUACUYCUGCUCUGACUGUGGAAAGAGUUUCUCUCUACUGAGCAACUUAAAACGACAUGAACGCAUACAUACAGGAGAGAAGCCUUACAUAUGCUCUGACUGUGUAAAAUGCUUUACAACAUCAACUGAGCUAAAACGUCAUCAGAGAACACACACRGGAGAGAAGCCUUACUCCUGCUCUGACUGUGGAAAGAGUUUCUCUCAACUGAGCAACUUAAAAGCACAUGUACGUAUACAUACAGGAGAGAAUCCUUACUCCUGUUCUGACUGUGGGAAGAGUUUCUCUCUACUGAGCAACUUAAAAUCACAUGAACGUAUGCAUAAAGGAGAGAAGCCUUACUUAUGCUCUGACUGUGUAAAAUGCUUCACAACAUCAACUGAGCUAAAUCGUCAUCAGAGAACACACACAGGAGAGAAGCCUUACUCCUGCUCUGACUGUGGAAAGAGUUUUUCUCGACAAAGCACCUUAAAAAAACACCAAGGUAAACAUAAAGGACCACUGAUCUGACUGUGAAAAAUGUUUUAAAACAACAGCUGAGCUAAAAGGUCAUCAGAGAACACACAUAGGAGAGAAGCCUUACAUCUACUCUGACUGUGCGGCGAGUUUCUCUCUUCUGUGCCACUUAAAAUGACUUGAACAUGU